AUCCAAUCUCGCCCAUGCCCUCCGAUUCACCACCCCACCAGCCGAUGCUUUUAUCCUGAGCUUGCGUCUGAAUUCGAGGUCAAUACAAGAUGGUUCCACAAUCCAAAUAUCUGUUGAUUGGUUUGCCUGUUGUAACUUUAGCAGGCAUCGCUGCACUUUGGUGGAAACAGCAUGUGAAAAGGCGCUCCUUCAAGGAAGUGGGGAGUGUUACUGGUCUGUUCGUCUACCCGGUGAAAUCUUGCAAGGGUAUCCGUAUGGACAGCGUCAAAUGUUUCAAAGAAGGAAUGGAGUAUGACAGGUGAAAUUUAAGUUCUUGAUUUCUUCUUUACCUCAGAAAGUUUAUCUCAAAGCCUUGUACCUCUUUAUAUUCGUUUUCUGGAAAUAUCUACGAGGUGCGACUGAUUUGAUUCGACGCGCCGUCAAAUUCAGGUAGUUCUUGGUUCUAAUUGUUCGAUCAACCGUGCACUUUGCACGCAAAACAAAACUACUGGCCUGGGAUUACUCUAACUAAAAAAAAAAAAAAAAAAAAAAAAGUCAUCGUAUGGAUAGAUUAGAACUUCCUCGGUUUGCUAGGGCUCGACUAGUUCUUUUAAAACGUGCGUGGCGGACGAUAUGUCCACCAGAGAUUGAUUGUUCGAAUCGCGUGACCAACAACCUGCAAUCAAAUAACAUUAGGAGAUCGUGCAUACAGUAAUCGAUACACGGUAGAUAGAAGCAAAUAUAGGAGAUGGCAAUGGAAGCAUCGAAAACGUGGUAUAUGAAAGCAUUGGAAAAAGAAUAUUUUAAGACUUAAAUCUCUUCGGAAUUCGUGUGCAAGGAUUAAAUAAACCAAUAAAAUGAGAGAUCAAAUUACACUGACGUUUGGGACGUGAAAGGUAUUAUUUCGUUUCAUGAAAACAACUUCGUCUCUUCGAUCUCAAAUGCUGCCGGUGCUGCAUGCUUAGAGUACAACGUUUCACUUGUUAAUUUAUUUUAACAUGGUACGCAUUCAAUUUCCUAGUUACCUAAAUCAAUAAAAUAAAAUGAUUAUAAUACUGGCAUUGUGCCAAUUCAACGCUUGGUUUGUUUUGAAAUGAUGUCACAACAGGGUCGGUUAUUACGCAACUUUCUCCAUCAGUUGAUCCGUUUUCUCCGAGAAAACAAACAAGCAAACAAGCAAAGACAAAAACAAAACAACAACAAAAAAAAGAAAGCGGUAUUUUAGAAAGCUAUGUAUCGGUGUCUAAUAUCGACCGGUAUGGUCAACAUCGGAACGUGUCAAGCAAAGAUUGCAUUUGCGUGACACCUCGGCAUUCUUGAGUCACCCAUAUGAUGAAUGUUUGAACUAGAGACGCCCAGUUUGUAAUUUGAUUGACAUGCUGUAAGUUUACGUACUGGCGUAGUUGGGGAGCAUGGGAAGGAAGGGAGGGGGAUAGAAGCGGGGGGGGGGGGGGGGGAGAGAAGGGUAGAGAAGAGCCGAGAGCUCUGAAUCAGAGUUCUAUUAUUUAAUUAUCUACGUUCUAAAUUUUCAAAGACAUUGGAUCGUUCUGGAUGCAAAAGGGAACUUCAUUACACAGCGAAAAGAUCCAAAAUUAGCGCUUGUUGUUCCUCAUUUUGAGGAUGGCAGAUAUCUUUGCCUGAAUGCUCCUGGAAUGGAAAUGUUGAAACUGGAAAUACAGCUACCAGUGGAUCAAAGGGAAUUCAAACGAAUAAAGUGAGUGCAUUUAAAAUAUUUGUAAUAAUUCUUAAUUUAAAAUUGGUUAUGUACAUACCUAAUCUACUCAUCAUUCUUCCAACACCUUAAAAUAACGUAUUAUAGUAAAUAAUUAUUUUCACAAACCACACAGAAUAUUUGGAAUGGAAGGAGAGGGCCAGUAUGUAGGAGAUGAAGCCUCAGAGUGGUUUUCUAAAUACAUGAAUAAACCUGGUUAUAAGAUGUACAAGUUGUCCAGGACUCGAGUGAUAAGGACACAUGAUGAAUGGAGUGACAUUGGAGAGGCUGGAGACCAGGUAAUGAAACAGAGUUUCUUUUUUCUUUUACUGAUAGUAGUUAAUGCCAUCUCUUUGGAAUCUAAUUAAUCAAACUUACUAUUGUUCAGUUACUUUUCAGUUGAUGUGGAAAGUUUUUAAGACUUAUUAAAGAGAUUAUAAAAUACUUCCAAAUUUCUCCAAAUCAUCGCCAGGCACUUAUUUAAAAAGUGCUCAUCAGAAGGAGGGUACUUAAUCAAUGGGGCAUUUGUUAUACCACAGGCAGCUCAGGCUCCAGUGGUCAGAUGAUCAUGCAAAACAAGAGUCAUCGCAAAGUUAUAAGAGUUUGUAUGGAAUAUUUAUGACUGCUUUUAGGAACAAAAAAACACAGCCAAAUUCUUAAUAAAAUUACCUCAUCUGACCUCCACAGUGCAUUGCUUGUUAUCUGACUGCUUACCAUGUUGGAAAGAACCCGUUUUAGCAUGUUAUCCAUUUCAAGGUUUACUAUGUACAUAGGAGAAGCUUCUCUUCUCUGGGCAACCUGUGGUUAUUCCCCUGUGCUGAUUCCACUGUAGAUUAAGCCUAAAAGUUUAUAAAUGGUGUGGUGACAGACACAGGUUUUCCUUGUAUCCCUACUAUUAAGAAAUUGAGGGAGGUGUAAGGGAGGGGCUACAUGGUGCUUGUUUGACAUUAUGGCUGAGGGAGGAUGCUUAUUCGAGGGAGGGCCCUUAUUAGAGCAUGGGUGCUUUUUUCAAGAAAAAAACAGAUCUUGAAGUUUUGAUGAUAAUUUAAGUGUUCAGGGAGGCAAGAAUUAAGUAUGGCAUGUGUUAUGUAUAUUUUGACAUUAAAUUGCUGACAGAUCAGUUUACUUUUUGUCUUAAAUUAACAGGCAACAUUUGGGGAUUUUGCUCCAUACAUGAUUCUUGCUGAAGCUUGCUUGGCUUCACUGAAUCAAGAACUUUCAUUACCUUUGGAAAUGGAACGAUUCAGGCCUAACAUUGUGAUCAAUGGCUUAAAUGCAUUUGAGGAGGUCAGUUUUUCUACAAACUAAUUUUCACCUUACCUCUUUAUAGCUGUGGUCAUAAAAUCUUCAUGAACAUUUACAUCAAUUUUUGAAUUUCAAUGUCCUGAUUCUUAAAAAUGCAGCUCAGGGUAUGCUUUCAUUUGUUAUGAUUAUUUUGACCUACAAUGUGACACCUCAUAGAAAAAUUUCAAUUGACAUGGCUCGUAACUGUUUACAGACAUUUAAAUGAAAUGUCUUGUUAGUAAGCUGUUAUUAAAUUUUUGCCGUCUUUAGUUAAACCUAAAAUAAAAUUUUAAUUCCUCUUCAGGACAAAUGGGAGGGUGGAAGAAAAAUCAAAAUAGGGGAUGUGGUGUUUCGAUACCUAAACAACUGUGCAAGGUAAGCUUUUCAAUAUGUUGUACGAGCCAUAUUUUUUAUAUUCAAAGCUAAUGCUCAAUAGGUGAUGAUUUCCUAAACACUGAACUUGUAUUUGCUACAAAACUAGAAAUUAUUGACAUUACAAUAUUGAUUGAUCACAACUAUCUUUCUUUAAAAGGUGCAGUCUGCCAAUUGUUAAUCCAAAAACAGGAGAGAAAAAAGGAGAAGAGCCUUUGAAAACUUUGCGAAGGUACAAUUGAAAUUCAAAAUCCAGCUAUGCUCUUAAAAAAAGCAUGGUACUCAAUUCAAUGUUUUGUUUUCCUCUUCUAAAUUUUCUUAAGAAAGAAAGGUGAUUGGUAGAACAUAUAUGUGGGUGACAAUUCCCAACAGUUUUCACCCUUUCUUUUGACAUGUGGUGAUCACUACAUGGAAUAUCAAAAUCAACUAAACCUUAUGGCAUAUUUAAUUUGUUUUUUCAACUUAUUCCAGAAUAAGGCUUCCUGAGGAUAGAGAUCCACGAUAUGACAGAUCCCCUCUGUUUGGGAUCAAUGCUGCUCCAGACACAGAUGGCAUGGGGGUCAUACGCCAGGGAGACGCUGUCAUGAUUUGGUCUUGAGCCAUCAGGGAAGGAAACAUUCCUUAUCAUCCUUAUGUUCUAUAACAAGUUUGAUUGCAGAAAGAGCUGCAAAAAAUGCAUAGCUUUUAAAAAGUAAAGACAGCAACUCAAGUCUAAGGUUGUAUUGAUUAUAUUGUAACUUCCUCUGGGUGUGCAAAAUCAUGUAGUUGUCUACCUCUCCAUAACACAC